AUGAUGGUCACCAUCGUGGUCGGGGCGUGGGCAGGAGCGCUGCCAAAUGAACAUGCUAUCUCGUCCUCAACGAGCAGGACGGUGUGGACACGCAAAGCGCGUGGCUGCUAUGUGCUAAGUCGAGGACGGUUGUCUGUAAACUGGUUUGGACAGGAGAAAGAGAACCUUCGAGAUUCACCGAAGGAGCAAGCUAUAUCCGGAAAGCAAGCGUUAACCGAUGGGUGUACACCUGGGAUUGCUAGUCUAGGACUUGAAACAGCCAAGUCUAAAGGCGUCGUCAUGGUCAUCUUACCAGCAACAUGA